AAGUGUUAGUAGUUAUUUAAAUUAGUAUAAAGUGUUCAAUAAAUGACUGAAAUUGUAAAACAUAUUAACAUAAUAUAAAAUUGUUAAACAAAAUGACCAUGUAAAUUCAAAUAAAAAUUGAUGAAACGAAGCAAAAUGUUUUCCAAAUCAUUGAAAGAUACAAUACUCUCUAUGGAUGAUUCAGUGCUACAGAAUAUUGAAAUUAAGAUUCAAGAAGAAGAAAUUCUGGAUGUAUCAAGUUGGAGCAAUUCUACUAAUGAAUGGAGUGUCUGUGAUAUGUUUGAAACAGUUGAAAAGGAUCCAGUGAAAAAUGAAAAUAUCAAGGAGAAAAUUGUCAAUAAAGAUGCAUCUACUUCUCAAACUGUGUUGAUUGAAAAAAGCAGUCAUUGGAACGACAGUGCAUUUUUUAGUGAUGGAUUUACUCAACUGGAUAUACCUAAUAUAAAAGAUGAUACUUUAAAGGAAAUUAAUAAGGUCGUUGCUAUCAAGACUGGAAAUCGUGCAGACGAGACAAAUUGUAUAGAGAAUACAGAUUUCAAAUCAAGGAAUCAACAACAGAAUGCUAACUCCGUAAAAAGAAAUUUAAUUGACCCAAUCAGUGUUAUUCCAAAUAAAAUAUUGCAUUUAGAUUGUGAUAAGAGACAAGAUAAUUGUUCAUUAAGCAAUGAUACAUUUUAUGGUUUGCCAAGUAAAGUGAAGGAACUUCUUUUACGAAUUAGAGGCAUUAGUUCAUUAUAUAAAUGGCAAGAUGAAUGUUUGAAUUUAGAUGCUGUCAAAAAUAGGAAGAAUUUAAUUUAUGCCCUCCCUACGAGUGGAGGCAAAACAUUAGUUGCAGAAAUAUUAAUGUUGAAGGAAAUUAUGAAUAAUAAAAGAAAUGCAAUAUUUAUAUUACCAUUUGUUGCAAUAGUACAAGAGAAAGUUCAAGCAAUGACGCCGUUUGCUCUUGAAUUAAACUUUUUGGUUGAAGAAUACGCAGCAUCGAAAGGAAAUUAUCCUCCAAAAAAGCGUCGCAAAAAGAAUAGCAUAUACAUUUGCACUAUAGAAAAAUCAUUAGGCUUAAUAAACAGUCUGAUCGAAGAAAAUCGUUUACACGAAAUUGGUAUUAUAGUAGUAGAUGAAUUACACUUACUUGGUGAGAGUGGAGGGAGAGGUGCUACAUUAGAAGGUCUUUUAACGAAAACAUUAUAUGUUAACGAAAAUAUUCACAUCGUUGGAAUGAGUGCAACUAUAGGUAACUUGACAGAAUUAUCAGGAUUUUUAAACGCAGAUCUGUAUACUGGUACUUUCCGCCCUGUUGAAAUAAAAGAGUACGUAAAAUGUGAUAGUGAUAUAUGGCUGUUAGAUUCGAAAUCGGAAGAAUUGUUAACAGAUGUGAAAAAGAUCAAUUAUCGUUAUUCAAGCAACGCAGAGAAGAUCGAUCCCGACCGACUCGGAGGUCUGGUUAUGGACGUAAUUCCAGAAGAUUCUUGUCUCAUAUUUUGUUCCAGUCGUAAGAACUGUGAAAAUGUUGCUGUGUUAUUAACAAAAGUUUUAUUCAAUAAGUUUAUCAACCACAAGGAAGAAGAAAAGAAGCGAUUAUUGAUCGCACUUCAAAGUGAAGAAGGUCUUUGCCCUAUUUUAAGUAAAACCAUCAAAUUCGGCGUAGCCUAUCACCAUUCUGGGCUUACAUCUGAAGAGAGGCGGUUAUUGGAAGAUGCUUUUAAAGCAGGAACUCUUUGCGUGAUAUGUUGUACGUCAACGUUAGCAGCAGGAGUAAAUUUACCAGCGAGAAGGGUGAUAUUAAGAAGUCCCUAUGUAGGUAAACAGUUUCUAAAUUUAAGUAGAUAUAAACAAAUGAUCGGGAGAGCCGGCCGUGCUGGUCUCGGAAACAUAGGAGAGAGUAUACUUAUAUGCAAAAGCAACGAGUUAAAAAGAGUGAUAGAACUUUUGAAGUCCAGAAUGGAUGAUUCGUUAAGUACAUUACACGUGGAGAGGGACAGAGGUAUAAAUAAUCUACUUCUAAGCUCUGUAUUGUACUCCAUAGCGACAACCCUACUUGAAUUACGCGAAUUAGCGGGGAGAACAUUGCUUAAUAUACAACAAAAACGGUUAAAUGUGAAUCUCAAAGAAAUCGUAGAUAAAACAAUAACCGAACUACUAAAGGCUGGUGUGAUAAAAAUAAGUAAACAAGAUGAAAGUUUCAUUGAAGAUGUUAGUGUUGUGUUUCCAACGCAGCAUUUGCCUUCUCGUGAUACAAGUACAAAAACGGCAAAAAAAAGGAUAGUGGAAUUGAGGAAUAAUACGAAACUAGAGCUUUGUAGUCUCGGACGUGCAGCGAUGAAAGGUUGUAUUGACAUGGAGGUUGCAUAUAAAUUGUAUGAGGAUUUAAAGAAAACUCAAGAGCACUUAAUUCUUCUCGACUAUUUGCAUCUUUUAUACCUCGUUACUCCAUACGAUAUCAUAUCUCAGAUAAAGCCAGUGGGCACAGUUUAUUAUGAUGUGAUAAUUAAUUUAUCGGAAAAACAAAUGAAAACGGUGAGGUUGUUAGGAAUUAAUGAAACGAACAUUAGUAAAAUACGCGAUGGGAUAACGCCUAAAAAUGUAGAAUCAAGAGUAGUUCAGAGAUUUUAUGCAACACUAAUAUUGUAUGAUUUAUGGAAUCAACAUGCUGUUUAUGCCAUAGCAGAAAAGUAUCAAGUGAAUAGAGGUACCGUACAAAAUCUUUUGGUCUCAGUGUCAUCAUUUGCACUGUCUGUAGUUCGAUUUUGCCAGGAAUUGGAUGAACUCUGGUGUUUCAAAGACAUAAUAAGUGGGUUUAGUAAAAGAUUAUCGUAUUGUUGUCCACAAGAGCUAGAAGCUUUAAUGGAUCUACCAUCAGUGAAGAUUGGUAGAGCACGUCAACUUUAUAAUGCAGGAUAUAAAACAGUGCAAUGUAUUGCUAAAGCUCAUCCAAUUGAAUUACAAGAAAAAGUCCCGUACUUGAACCGAAAACUGGCACAACAAAUUGUCGAUGCUGCUAAAUUGGCCAUUGUAGGAAAAGUUGAAGAUUUAAGAGAUGAAACAGAAAACAUUCUGGAUGGUGUAGAUAUGAGUUUUUUACCACAAUUCUAAUUGUAUAUAAAAGUAUUUUUCCAAAUGAUGAUGUUUAUAAAUAGAAUUAAUGAAAUGGAUGUAAAUACAUUGAA